AGCCACUGAUCACUACGACGACCUUACUUGGCUGGAAAGGAAAUUACGUUGAAUGUGUUUCCGGGAUGCUUUCAGUGGAAGGCACGGAUGGCACAAAAAGCACAUUUUUUAAAUGUAUGACAUGAUCAAGGUGUAUAUUAUUUAGAAGUGAAACAUAUUCUUUCUCGAGAUAAGAUGAGUGACAUUGUGGAGAAUGAGACCAUAUUCUACGCCAAGGCAGAGGAGUAUUGGAAGGAUGUGGCGCCAACCGUGGACGGGAUGCUUGGAGGCUAUGGCAGCAUCUCUAAUAUAGACCUCAAUGGCUCUAAGACGUUUCUGCAGAAGUUCCUUGGCGAGGGUGAAGGAAAAACUGGCAUGGGCUGUGCCCUGGACUGCGGCGCCGGCAUCGGGCGGAUCACCAAGCGCCUGUUGUUGCCUCUGUUCCGCUCGGUAGACUUGGUGGACGUGACGCAGGAGUUUCUGGAUAAGGCCAAGGUAUAUCUGGGUGAUCAAGACGGCAAACGGGUGGAGAAUUACUUCUGCUGUGGCCUGCAGGAUUUUGUCCCGCAGGAUGGACGUUAUGAUGUCAUUUGGAUCCAGUGGGUAAUCGGCCACUUGACUGACGAUCACCUGGUGGAGUUCCUGCGGCGUUGCCGGGGUGGCCUGCGGCCCAACGGGCUGAUCGUAGUCAAGGACAAUGUGGCGUACGAGGGUGUGGUGCCCGAUGAGGUGGACAGCAGUGUGUGCCGGGACCUGGCCCUCCUGCGGAGUUUGGUGGGCCGUUCAGGCCUGCACAUUGUCCACGAAGAACAGCAAAUGAACUUCCCCAAGGAGAUCUACCAGGUCCACAUGCUGGCCCUUAGAUAGGGGCUGUGGUACUGAGACUCAGGGGAGGAUGGAGGGUUUAUUGUGUAUGUUGAUUCUCACUCUUUGCUAGCCUUUAGGAUCUUUGUGUCAGCCGAAUGGGAAAGGAUUGGAUGAGUUCAGAAUUAUGUAAUGCAGAUGAGAUGACUUAAAACUAAAGGUCUCAUAGAAAUGGCUUUAUUGUCCUCACUGGCUAUCCUAUCCAGUCCUUUCAGUUCUACACAAGUGCCAAAGGUCAAGGACCUACUGUAGCAUUGAGCCAAAAGGAUGGAUGGUGAUGCCAAAUGCUGCUUUUGACACGUCCAUGGAAGAUGAUUGCAUCAAACCUCCAAUAGCCCAGAGUUGGACUGUCCUGCCUAGUGGCUGUGUGUUUUGUCUACUUGUAUUUAAGUAAGGUUUUAGGACAUCACUAUAUUUAAGACUUGUAUGUAUGCAUUGUGAGACUUCUGGAAGACCAUGAAUUGUAGGCAUCAACUCCACAUUUCAAGUCAAACAUGUUGCUGGUUUGCCAGUGCUUGUUAUGGAGUGUAUUAAACAAGUGGCUAUUGGUCCUUUUUAUAUUCCUGUUUUGAUCAUAUUUACACAUAUUUGACCAUUUUACAUCCCAUUUCUGAGAUUCAGCCGUUAUCUUGACUUUGUUAGGUAUCUUGCUGUUGAACGCUUAUAACACGAUUGUUUUUGAAAGGCAGGAGUGAAUUAAAUAUAUAUUUACAGAAAUAUAA